CACAGACAGCAGGGAACAGCUGCAGUUUCAGCCUCGCGUAGGAUUUCACUGCAUUGCGAUUAAAAGAUAUAUUAGUCAUUUUCACCUCCGAAACCCAGAAAACGUUGACAGACGACCGCAUUAUAACAACAAAAUGGUCGACCGCGAGCAGCUGGUGCAGAAAGCCAGGCUGGCUGAACAGGCUGAGAGAUACGACGAUAUGGCAGCCGCAAUGAAAUCGGUAACAGAGCUGAAUGAGGCCCUGUCCAAUGAAGAGAGGAAUCUUUUGUCUGUGGCCUACAAGAAUGUGGUCGGGGCCCGACGCUCCUCCUGGAGGGUGAUCUCCAGCAUUGAGCAGAAGACCUCAGCCGAUGGUAACGAGAAGAAGAUUGAGAUGGUCAGGGCCUACAGGGAGAAGAUCGAGAAGGAACUGGAGGCCGUGUGCCAGGAUGUCCUCAACCUACUGGACAACUUCCUGAUCAAGAACUGCAGUGAUACACAGCAUGAGAGCAAAGUGUUCUACCUGAAGAUGAAAGGCGACUACUACCGCUACCUGGCCGAGGUUGCCACGGGGGAGAAGAGAGCCACGGUGGUCGAAUCGUCGGAGAAGGCCUAUAAUGAGGCUCACGAGAUCAGCAAAGAGCACAUGCAGCCCACCCACCCCAUCCGCCUAGGCUUAGCUCUCAACUACUCUGUGUUUUACUACGAGAUCCAGAACGCACCGGAGCAGGCCUGUCAUCUUGCCAAGACCGCAUUUGAUGACGCCAUUGCUGAGCUGGACACCCUCAACGAGGACUCCUACAAAGACUCCACUCUCAUCAUGCAGCUGCUCCGAGACAACUUGACACUGUGGACAAGUGACCAGCAGGAUGACGAGGGCGGGGAGGGCAACAAUUAAAGAGAAACCACACUUCGAAAAAAAAAUAUGAAGGGCCGGUGGACUUUGGCAGCCGCUUUUGCCGAUGAUACUACCGCAGCAGCAGUUCUUUAUUUUUCCAUGUGUUAAAAGAAAAGAAUCAAAAGAGAGAUGAGAGUGGAGGUUAAAUCUUAGUUUAAAUAUAUAUAGAAAUAUAUAUACAGUUGAAAGGGCCUCCGUCUUCUUGAUUUUCUCUGACAUUUGCCAAAACCACUGAUAUGUCAGUCAAUCAGCCUGAAGUGGUCGUUGUUGGAUUGAAAUGGCAGCCUCACACUGGCAUAGGAACUGAUCUUGUUCUAUCAAGAUAAGCUGCUUAGUUAGGUUUUUGCGUGAUAGAGAUGCAUUUGAGACACUUGAGAGAGAAAAUGCUUGAAUGAGAAUGCCUCACAAAAAUAGUUUGCAUUGGUUCCAGUACUAGCUCACAAGGGGCCCUGAAAGCCAUUGAUCAUCCCCAACUAGAAACAAAGUUUGAUUCGGACGAAUUUCCCCAAUGUAUUAAAAGUUGGAUUAAAUUGUUGGAUGUGUGUGUGGGGGGGGGGGGGGGGGAUUAGAUUUCUGAAUUCCCUCAUUCUGUCUAAAGUGUAUUUCUCGCAGAACAGAACCUCCUCUUACCUGGUCUGACUAUGUCACUGGAACCAUCGAUUCUUUUGGAGGCGAAGAUUACUAAAGGCAGAGACUUAACAAUAUAAAACAUAAAAAAACACAAAAAAAUAAAAGCAGCUUCAGAGUUUGUGGUUUACUUAUGUGUUCGUUUUAUUAAAUGCACUUGCCUACUAUACUGUUUCUUCAGUGUAAGACGAUGACAACAAUAAUAUCGAUUAUUCAAUAUUGUGCAUGCUGGUGAUGUAUUUAUAUACCGUAGCUUGACUUUAUUAACUUAUACUGUGGGUGUUAAGUAUUCAUAUGAUUGAGAAAACAGGCUUUGUCUGAUUCAUACUUCAAAAAAAAUUUUUUUGUUUGUUUUGUUCUGGUUUUUGAUUUGCUAUACCAAAAUGGUGAUCGUAAAAAUUGACCUGUAAUGGGCGUUGCUAUAGUGACAUGCAAUAUGUGUAUUUAAUUUGUUAAUGAAAGAAAAAAAAAAGGGAGAUAAAAAAAAUCACCAGUGAUCACUUAAUUUUGCCAGCUGGUGUUUGUCACAUUGAAGUAUGAUUAUGCUAUAUUUUGUUCUUUGAACAGUAUUUAAGUACCUUUUCUGUCAUGAUAUCCAGUUUGAAUAAUGGUGACGUUUUCAGAAAUCAAUGUUCCUCUUAUGAAACACAACAUGGACCAUAUUUUAUUUGACAGAUCACUUUUUUUUUUUUUUUUGGUUUGUUUGUUUGUUUUUAUACCUUUUCGCUGUUCCCGAGUGACAAAAUAUCUUGAAUGUGAGUCAUUAUGUAGCAGUUGCACAAGAACCUAAAUAAUAGCUAUGAUAAUAAAAAAGAUAUGACUAAAUUAUAAAUGCACCAUUUCUGUGGUGGUCUAGUGUAUUGUUGUAUUGUCACCCAUAAGUAAAUUUUGCAUUUAGUGAAAACCCUUUCAAGGAAGAUAUGUCAAACCUUUACUUUUGCGCCCUCAGUAUGCUAUGUGCUGUUAGUUUUUUGUGCCUGUAUCAUGAUUUCAGUAUUCAUUUACAGAGUUACCUACAGUAUUUAAGUUCCUGCAAGCAUGUGUCAAAGAUGUAAGAUUUUCUCAUUCAUGAAUCCUCACUUUUAUAUGAGUGGGGUGGGAAUAUAUAUAUAUAUCUAUAUCU